ACCAAACUGUAGCUCCUCGUGCUCUGUUUGCUACACAGGUGGGGAUUAAAGCAGGCGAUACUUGCGUGAUUUCUCAAAUCCGGAGGCUUAAUUGAUAACCACACACGUUUUUAUUCGGUAAUUGAAACUGGUAGAACAUGUGGUAUCCUCCUCCUGUGUCGGUACCAUUUUUUUUAGAGCCAAACGCGCGCAGGUCAGCAAAUGUUCCUGCCCCAGUGAUGUGGCCCCCCAGACCGUUUGAUCAGCAGUGGCGCGACAUGCUCGGCAAUAGGGAACUCGGCCAGGUUGUUGAGGACACAAGGAAGCUCCUGUUGAGGUCUUUGUAUGAGCUUGUGAAAAUGAACCACUUUCUGGAGUUGACUGAUCCAAAGUUGAUUGGUUGGUAUCUUUCCUUACCUGCAGAAGGCUUAUACGUGAUACAAGAAGUUGGAGGACUUUUUCAGUUUCUGCACAGACACCCUGCUCUUGAAGUAUCUAGAAAUAUUGUUCAUUUAAAGCAGAACGUUGUAGGAAAUUGUCUUCCCCUUGCAGCUGAUAUGCCUUCAAGACUUCAUGAAUCAAGAAGGGCUACUUUUUAUGGCAUCUCCGGUGCUAAAAAUUGCAAAUGCUGUAGUAUGCUGAUCUUAAACUCAGAGGAAAAUGUUUCCUUACAUGAGGAAGAAAAGACACUUCAGUUGCUACCAAACAACCUACGAGCGGAGCUGAAUCUGGAAUCUGGACAAGUCAGUGAGGAUAUGGAUAUGAGAUCUCAGCAGUAUGAUUACAUUCAGAGCACCUCAACUAAUUUGUCUGUCACACAGAGCAACAUUUUAGACAGAUUCCAGAAACAAGAGCUGCCAAGGAACAGCUCUAGUGAUGGCAAGCUUUUGUGUCAGAUUUGGGAGGAAAAAGCACAGUGUGAUGGGAAUCAUUUCCGAGAAUCUAAAGAUAAGUUGGCACAAGCAAGCGUUUUGCUGGAUGGGGAGCUUGAGAUGCAGAGUCACACUCAUAAUAGUGAUCAUGACCAGGUACCUCUUCUGACCGAUACCAAUUCAGAUCUUGUAGGGGAGACUAGUAUUACAGAGUGUUACAGUUUUAACAGCACUACAGUGGGGCACACAUCUGGCCAGUGGAGUGAUGUCACAAAUACCUCCAUAAAGGCCAAUAAAGGUAGCACUGAAGCAUCUACCAAUGAUGAGCCUGGGACCUCUGGUACAAAAACUUGUACAUUUUCUGAUUCCUUCUUCAGCAACCCCUCGGAGCGGACCAACCUCACCGGGGAUGUCCCAAGGGUCUGUAGUGAGGAAGACCUGAAAUGUGAGACAAAUUCAGAUGAGUAUCAUAAUGUGAACAAAAAAGAAUCCUCAAUCUCAGCAGCUUGUGUUCCAUGCAUUAACCCCAGCUGGUCAGCAUCUGGCCAGAGUACUCAUGAGAGUGUAUUUACACGUGGCGGAUGCAUUUCAUCUACCUGCCGGAGCAAGCUAAACAUCAAAACCACAACAACGAGUAAGAUACCUACUGUUCCCCUCAGUGUGAGCCAGACAGUGGAUCCCAGCAGUGACUUCAAAGCUUGUUUUACAUCCAACCGGGCAACAGAAGUCACUCAGGACGACUUUGUGAAGCAUUGCCAAGAUGUUUCCACGGGCAAGGACUUGUGUCCUGUUAACCAAGAGACACAGACAAUUCAGGGGCCCACUUCUGAGAAAGGCAUCAUUACUGAAGUCUACAUGUCUGACUUGGAUGCUCUGUGUGAGGAAUUUGAGAAACUCAAAAUGAUGGAAGAAGAGCUCAUGCUUUUAAAGAAAGAAAUGCCAAGUGCUACAGGGCCCAGGAGCGAACAGAGCUGUGGAUGUGGUGCUGUUUCACGUGCUAGAUGGGCAGAGCUGCGUCUACUGGCUCUGCAGUUUGCCAUGUGCCAGCAACAUUGCUGGAGACGAUUCUAUACCUCAUAUGAGGGUGAAACUUCACUUCAGGGAAUCGAAACAGUGCCUGAUGCAAUGUCACAGACCCUGAAGAGCCUGGAGGACAAUUACCUCAAGAUGAAAAGGAAGAUACUGGACGGGUUUCCACUGGAUAAUCUCAAGCCGUUGGCUGUGGACACUAAGAGAUUAACAGCCGCAACAUGCUACAGGCCAUCUUUGAUCUACAAGGCUUUUUUGGGUGUUGGUUCUUCCUUCAAGCCCAGUAGUCUUAAAGAUGAGGGCCAAACUAACCAAGCCACUGAGGACUUGAAAAUAAACACCACAGACCAUGAACAUUUCAUCAAGAAUACAACAGCUCGUCAGGGUAAUUCUGCCACGCCAUCUGAAACUGUCAGCAGCAUGAGAAGUAGGAUUGUGCCUGCUUCCAGCCAACAACCAGGAGUUUCCAUUGAUUCCAAGCCUGAUUCGGGUGCUCGUAAAGAAAUCAACAGCAGUGAUGCCUGGUAUGAUGCAGAAGAGGAAUUUGGAUGUGGUGAUCAGAGUUGUAAAGAAGACAGACAAAUAGGGCUGAAUGAUCAAGGGGACUCACAGGAACAGAAUGUGGAUCCACCCAGGAAGAUUGAUCGCUGUUUCUUGCUUUGUGUCUUAAACCUGCCAAACACUGUUACUGAGCAUGAUCUGCUGCUUUGGUUUGCAAAGUACCACACCAAUAAAGUGUCCCUUUCCAAUUUUACAAACACCAGGGUUGCAAUAGUGAGUGUGAGGAACUCUAACGAUGCAGAAGCUGCAGUAAGAGAGAUGAAUGGCCAAAGAAUUCAAGGCCACACACUCCAUGUGGAGCACAUUCACAAGCCUCCCGCAGAUGAUCAGGUCACCAUGAAAGAGUCCUGCGUUCAACAUUCCCCUGCUACCCAUAAAGCAGGAGAGGAGCUGAUCCCGCUGAGCUCAGAUGAUAACUUCCAUGCUUCCAGACCACUCCAUUGCAGUCUGGAUAAACUUACCAACGUCUGCACUACACCCACUGCAUCUGGUACCUUUGUGCCACAGCAUUACGGCACUAUGGGUAGCUUUGACACAAUCAUGGCCCAGUUAUCGGAGCGCUACCCGAAAAUAGGCAGACAGCAGAUCGUCAGUGCUUUGCUGGAGCUGCAAAAAAAGCAUUGUGGUGUCCUCGGUGGGCUUCCCCUCAGAGAUAUAGUGGAUAUGACCUCUGAUCUUCUUACUCACUCGGCCACAGACUGAGCAAGACAAGGGUCAUAUCCUUAAUUGUUUUGUUGUUUGUUUUUUAAGGCAAUUAAUAGCAUUAUGAUUGUAAUUCUCAGAAAAUGUUAGAUGGUAGUUUCUCUUUUUGAAAACAUGAAAGUCUGUUGAGAAAUGUGUAAAUGGUUACAUUUUAUAGUAGGAUUUUCCAGUUAGAAAUUAAGGGAUAGAAAACUUUUUUUAAAACUGUUCAUUAUACAGUGGACUAUCCAGUUUAUUAGGCACACCUAGCUUUCAUUUGGUUAGUACUUGGUUACUUUGGUUAGUGAUUGGUCACUUCAUCAGGUACACUGGCCAUACAGUUCUACUGGAUAGAGGAGGACAAUAUAUCCAUACCACUUCUGAUUGGAUAUAUUUCUAUACAGUUAUUAUAAAAGGAAUAUUUCAUAAAUCAAGGUUGCCUACUUUUUGUGUGUGUAGUUGACCAGAAAGGUGAAUCCUGCAACAACUGUUUAUUUGAAAAGCAAAACCAAUUUCCUUUAUCGUUAUGCCUCAAUACAAUGUUCAAAUAUCAAUAAACAUUCUGCACUUAAAAUAAAACUGGAGAUGUGAUCA